AGAAGAAGGAGAGCUGCUAUGAAUCAUCGGACUUAGUUGGCUCGCUAGCUAGGUUAGGUUAGCAAAGCAGCCACACUGUUUAGCUAAGCUGGAAUGUGGCGCAACGUCCCUUGUCUGAACUGUGUUUGUGAAACAUUUUGAAUAGCGACGAUGAACUGAUUUUCGUCAAGUUGAUCCACAGCUCGUUUUGACUUCGGUCAUCUGAUCUGGACCUCUUUACUCGAACGAAGUGACGCACCCUAACUAGUUAACCAGCUGCUAUUUUGCUAACUUUGAUGUUAGCAAGUAGCCUGUACGCGUAAAUGCUUUACACGAGAAUGGACCUGUUGAACUAUCAGUUCCUGGACAAAAUGAACAACAAUAUCGGGAGACUACACUACGAAGCUGAAUCUUCUCUUACAGGUGAGUCCAGGAUUCCCUCGCUGCCCUCUGCAAUGACCAACAUGAGGACCGGUCCUCCCCCCAUCUGCCCCAGCAAAAGGAAGUAUGGCGAGGAGCAAGUGGAUGACCGCAUUGACUGUGACAAUGACCACAUGACCAAAAUGAGCAGACUGUUUGCUGCUCAACUGGGACGGCCUGCCGGUGGAGACAACCGCAGCGAUCCUUGGAGCCUUGGACACAGCCCUGUGGAGCACAUCACUUCCUCCUCCAAUGGUCUCCAUGACAACCACAUGUAUGCCUCCAUCCCCUCCUAUGGCUUGGACCAGCCCCUGGCUCUGACUAAAAACAGCCUGGAAUCUGGACUGGGUGGCGCAGAGAGGCCUGCCAUGCCCGGCCCUGUGGACAGACCACAGAAUCGUCCCUCUGUGAUCACCUGUGCUCCUGCAAGCAAUCGCAAUUGCUACCGGUCUCACUGCCACAAGUCUCACAGUCCCAGCCCACCCAUCGAUCAGAGGAAGGCCAAUGCUAACAUUGCCGUCGACCCUGUGAUCGAAGAGCACUUCCGCCGCAGCCUGGGGAAGAACUACAAGGAGCCCGAACCCAUCUCCAACUCUGUGUCCAUCACAGGCUCUGUGGAUGACCACUUUGCCAAGGCCUUGGGGAAGACCUGGCUCCAGAUCAAGGCCAAGGGGCCAGGGGGAGGCCCCCACAGUCCAGAGGCCAACUCCUGAAAGAUGGGCUGAGCCUCCCUCAUUGUUGAGUGGUGAAACACAAUCACUCCUUUUGUCUGUGGCAUCAGAUAAGGGCACAGAUUGACCUCCCUAUACCAUUCAUUGUCAAGCUUGACAUCCCUGAGCUCAGAACAACGGUGACAACCAUGCUAAACAAGACGAUCAGUUUGAAUACUGUAUUGUACACCAAGACUGUCUUUUUACGGACCUGGGGGGUGGUUUCUGCUCCUAUUAAAUGACUGACUCAGAUCUGGGAGGAUUUGAUACAUUUGUUCAGUUAGGGCAGUUUUGGAUUGAGUCCAACUGUGUAAAUUCUUCCUUUUUUGAAGGCAGAAAUAUCAAUUUGAGGAGCCCUCUAGGACCAGUAUUAGUCAGCCCUGAUGUCAUCUUUGAGUUCUUCUAUUGAUAAUAACAAUUAAAAAAAAAAAAAAACAUUUUAAA